GACGCAAACCCAGGUACCAGGCACUAGGAAACACAUCUACGUAGUAGCUCAGCCCCAGAAUGCUGCUGGGGUCAGGACCCAACCCCAAACUACAGCCAGGAUCACGACUCAACCCCAAACUACAGCUGGGAAAAUAGACCCACUUAAAGUGCCAGGACAGUCCCAGAUCAAGACUCCAACUGGGGUCACAGUUAAAUCCCAGAUUGUAGCCAGUGUCAAAGCCCAAACCCAGCCUCCAGUAGGGAGAACAGACCCUCCUAAUGCUCCAAGGCAGACUAGGAAGAUGGUUCACUUCCAAUACCAGCCUCCGACAGCCAGGGGUGCAGCCCCAACCAAGACUGAUGCCCAGACUCAGACCCCUACCGUCGUGGCAGAGGUGGUCUCUAUGCUGCAACACGGAGAUGUGAGACCUGCACCGCAGCCAUACCUGGUCCACAAAGAAGAGGUGCUGAGGAGGAUGGAUGCGCCAGAGAAGAUGUCAGUGAGGACAUUGCUGAUGUACACUGGGAAGAACUCGGCAGACCUAGACAGCAAGAACAGAUUGGUGAAAAACCUGAUUAAGGCUGGAAUCUCCCCUGUCGAGACCCCUGCCUAUAUCACCAGUGCCUUCACCAGGCUCACCGAGGGCGACACCACAAUGCUGUGUAGUGACAUGAAGUCCCUAGCUAUCAAACACCUCAACUUCACCAACAUGGCCGAGCAGCUCAUAGAAGAGACCAACCCUGUGCAGCACUGGUCCAAGAUCAUCGAUAUCAAAGCCCAGCUAGAGGAGAUGAGACUGUGUUUCAGGGACCCAGCUAACAGUCGUCUGAUGGACAAUGUGACCCACGGUAUGAGCACGGGCGUGAUGGACGCCGCCGACAUCAUCUCUACCCUCAUUGACUACCAGCCCAGCCACACAACAACGGGACUCAAACCCAGCCCCUGCUGUGCUGCCAAGAGACCCAGAACGGGACCCAGACAGACACCCAGCUCCCCUAAGAAACCACUGAAACAGCAGAAGGGUCGAGGCGUCCAGCUUGGCCCCAGGGGAUCUUACAGGAAGAGAGCCGCUUCAGGGGCCUCAGACAGGAAACAGGAAGCGGCUCAGGAGAAGGGGAGGGGUAAGAAGGUUAAGCUAAACCCCUCCCCACACGUUGCCAUGGAUACCGAGGAAGAGGGGAAUGCAAAGACGACCAAAGAGAGAACUCCUGUCAACACAGAAGGAAACUGCAGCUGGAUGUUCACAAACUAA